AUAUCCUCACAUCCCCCUGAAGGACAGAGUGAAGAUAGCUCAAAACUGGUAUGAUGGGGUCUGCAAAAGGGCUAUUCCCCUCAAAUGGAAAACAAAGCUGUUGCCAUGGUUGCAGAUGGAGGGAGACACACUGUUUCUGUCUCAGGCUGCUGAUAUUGGAGCGUACCAUCUGCGGCAAGACUCUGGGAGGCUCCAGCGUAAACCAUUUGAAAUCUACUCGGGCCACGAGGGUGAUGUCUGCCGCUUUGUUCUGACGGACUCUCAUCUGAUCAGUGGUGGAAGUGAUGGCAAGAUCCUAGUCCACAGCAGGAGGAGAAACAUGUCGAUGGAGUUAUCAGGUCAUAACCAAGAAGUCAACUGCCUGGACUCUAAAGAUGGACUCAUCGUCAGUGGAUCCAGAGACCGAACAACCCGGAUUUGGACUUUGACUUCCAGCUGCCCCAGAGACACAAUUCCCAUGUAUGACAGAGUGUGGUCCGUUGCUAUAAGUCCCACGCUGAGGUUGAUGUUUACAAUAAUAUCCUCCACCAUUGGCAGGCGUAUCUUUAUUUCAGAGUUCAAAAGCAGCAGAGGGCUUGUUGUGACGGUGAAAUACAGGCCUGGCAGAUUGACCGUCCACGGCGUGGUGUGCUAG